UCUAGUAUCUCAUCCGCUGCUUUUGGGAAGGGCUGGGUUGGCUGGGAUCCGGCAGCCCCUCCUCUUCCUCCUCCCUCCUCCUCUUCCUCUCCUUCGCUCCCGUCCAAGCCGCCUUUUCCGCGGAGGGGGCGAGACGCGCGCAGAGCCCGCAGCCCCCCCUCCGGCCGCAAGCGAUGGGCGACAUCCCCGGCCUCGUGAAAAUCAGCGUCUCCCUCAAAAUCCAGCCCAACGACGGGGCCGUGUACUUCAAGGUGGACGGGCAGCGCUUCGGCCAGAACCGCACCAUCAAGCUGCUGACCGGGGCCAAGUACAAGAUCGAGGUGUCCCUCCGGCCCGGCACCGUCCAGGCCACGACGAUGGGCAUCGGGGGUGUCAAUGUCCCCCUGGAGGAGACAUCGCGGGAUGCACAAGUGGCCUCUUACACAGGAAUCUAUGACACAGAAGGGGUGCCCCACACCAAGAGUGGGGAGAGACAGCCCAUCCAGGUCAACAUGGAGUUCAAUGACAUUGGCGUUUUUGAAACAGUCUGGCAAGUCAAAUUCUACAACUACCACAAACGGGAUCAUUGCCAGUGGGGGAACAGCUUUGGCAGCAUUGAGUAUGAAUGCAAACCAAAUGAAACACGCAGCCUCAUGUGGAUCAACAAAGAGACCUUCCACUGAAGAGAUGGGAAACCACUACUGCUGGACAAUCUCCCUAAAGAAAAAUCUACCUUUUUAAACCAGCAAGAAGCCUUAACAAAGGCAUACUGAAAGGUUGCUUUGUCCAUAAGGUUCCAACAACUACAUUGUAUAUACAGGUGGUGCCACUAAAAUAUUUGCCUAUUACUGUGUUUUAAGUUUACCAUGGCAUCUGCAACAUUCUUUAUCUGUCACCCUGAGAAUACUGAAAAGUCUAUGGUAAAGAAUAUCUGAUAUCUGGGUAGAAAGUCAUACCACCAUAAUACUGUUGUAAGUAUUUGGAUUAUUCCCCAUAGAUGUAACAACUUUUGUGAAGUGUUUUGCUUUAUUGCUUAGGAUUUGGAUCAACAUCACAUUGGUGAUUUCUGUAUUUAUGUUUGUGUUUGCUCCUAAAUCGGUGUGUUCCUUCAAGCAUUUUGUUGUACAUGUCAUCCCAGUGGACAGCAAAAAAUUCAAAAUAUGGAUAUUUGUAGGUUUAGCUAAAUGGCAGCUAAUGCACUUGAUAUUGUGCUUUCACACCAAGGAAUUUGGAAACUCAUUCUCCCUUUUGUUAAGUGCUGUAAGAUAUUCUGUGAAGUUUGCUAAUUUACCAAAUCUCUCAAAAUAGAUUCUUUGUUGUUAAGUUUCCCAGUCUCUGAAAUAGCUUUAGGAAAUGUUAUAAAGAUGUGAUGAAGGAAAAGCAAUAAAUCAAUUGUGGUAUCAAAGACAUCUAACAACAUGGCUAAGAUCUAUCUUAAGAUCAUAUAAUAUUCUUGAGAGAUACAGAAGCCAUACCUAGUUUAGUUCUUUAAGUUCUGAUGGUAAACUCAGUUUUCGUUUUAAUGACACAUUGCUCAAAUCAGUAAAAUCCUACAAAUCGACAUUUUCAAGCCUGACCACUGUAUUACACCAAAAUUGACAGGAUUUCUGACCAACAAACACUCAGCAGUGUGAAAGGUGCAGAUCCCAGUGCACAAUUUACACAUGCACUGCACUCUUUCAAAUAAAGAUAAGCAUGUAAGCGUUUGCAUGGUUAUAACUAAAGGUGCUACAUAAACACUAGAUCAGUGUUUAACACAAACAGGCAACACAAAACAAAUGUAUGUUUUCUUUCAGUAAAGAAAGUAAAGCAAGAAAACAACUACACUUGUCCCUCCCCCAACUUGGGUUGAAGUAAGCUGUCUGCCAAUUCUUGCAUAUCUGUUUUUCCCUUUGUGAAUAAUUUGUAAAUUGUGUAUGUAAAUGGUAACCAUGACUUUUGAUCUUUGUAAUAAAGGACUUAAACAAUU